AUGGACCCCGAGCGCUGCGCGCCUUUCGGCGUGGGGCCAGGGCCCGACCUCUAUGCGGCCGCGGGGGACGAGCCUCAGGGCGCCCAGGGGACCUCUGCCGCCGCGCCUCACCUGCACCCCGCGCCGCCCCGCGGCCCGCGACUGACCCGCUUUCCGGCCUGCGGGCCUCUGGAGCCCUACCUCCCAGAGCCGGCCAAGCCGCCCACGAAGUACCUGCAGGACCUGGGGCCCGGCCCGACGCUCAACGGCGGCCACUUCUACGAGGGCCCCGCAGAAGCUGAGGAGAAGGCCUCCAAGGCUGCCAGCUUCCCCCAGCUGCCCCUGGACUGCCGAGGGGGCCCCAGGGACGGGCCCUCUGCCAUGCAAGGCUCCACGGGCCCCUGCCUGGCCAGCCUGCGCGUCCCUCUGUCCCCGGGGCUCUCUGACUCCAUGGAGUUGGCUAAGAACAAGAGCAAGAAGCGGCGGAACCGCACGACCUUCAGCACGUUCCAGCUGGAGGAGCUGGAGAAGGUCUUCCAGAAAACCCACUACCCCGACGUGUAUGCCCGGGAGCAGCUGGCCCUGCGCACAGACCUCACCGAGGCUCGGGUUCAGGUCUGGUUCCAGAACCGCAGAGCCAAGUGGCGGAAGCGGGAGCGUUACGGGAAGAUCCAGGAGGGAAGGAACCCCUUCACGUCUGCCUAUGACAUCUCUGUGCUGCCGCGGACAGACAGCCACCCCCAGCUGCAGAACUCCCUGUGGCCCAGCCCAGUGUCCGGGAGCCCAGCCGGGCCCUGCCUCCUGUCUCCGGAGGGCAUCCCCUCCCCGUGCAUGUCUCCGUACUCCCACUCACCUGGGAAUGUGGCCGGCUUCAUGGGGGUGCCAGCCUCCCCUGGAGCCCACCCUGGCAUCUACUCCCUCCACAGCUUUUCCCCCGCCCUGGGGGACCACAGCUUUGAGCCCUCCCCGGAUGCCGACUAUAAGUCUCCAAGCCUCGUCUCGCUCAGGGUGAAGCCCAAGGAGCCGCCCAGCCUGCUGAACUGGACCACGUGA